GUCUUUCGGUAGGCAGCACUUGAGUUGAAAUUUCGUCCGAAUGCAGUCCGCGACAUUCCGAGGAUGUUUUGUCAUAUUUUAGUUUAGUAUUGUUUUCAGUUUUUUUCGGAGCCGUCUGUUUGCUUAACUUUGUCGGUGCCUUUGAGUGCCAGUAACACACACUUGGUUUAGUAUUUCACCAAAUCUGCUCAGUGAAGUUUCUGAACAGUUGACCCUGGGCCAUUCCUGCUCUCACCGCCACUUUUGGUCAUUAAUUAUCUUUCAUCAAGCAGGAACGAGCUCCACUCAUUAUGAUGUACUUUGCCUUUUUUAUACCCCUUUUAUUUAAACCUGUUGUCCAGUAAGUCACCAAAGCACACUUGUUUUGACCUGCUAUAAGCAAAAACGUAGUGUUUUCUCUCCAUAAAGCCAUUGCCAGGAUCAUCCAUCCUAACCAAAAUUGCAGUUCCCCUAUCUUCCCAUGAACAUGAGUUGUGGAUUUGUACCAUUGUCUUUUCUAUCAACGAAAGUAUGGUGGAACAUUAUAUUUUCGCUCCACUUAGGUGGUCACGCUUUGGUACCGAGCCCCGGAAAUUCUCCUGGGCGCACAACGCUACUCCUGCGCAGUCGACGUCUGGUCGAUGGGCUGUAUCUUUGCCGAGGUGGCGACCAAAGAGGCCCUUUUCCGCGGCGACUCAGAAAUCGAUCAGAUCUUCCGCAUCUUCCGUGCUCUCGGCACGCCCUCGGAGGAGGUGUGGUCCGGUGUUACGAGUCUACCAGAAUUUCAAAAGAAGACUUUCCCAUCUUGGCGGGACUCGAAGUUGACUGAAAAUGAGAAAAUGCAAAAGACCAUGGGCAGCGCUGGACUGGAACUUCUCAAAGUAGGCACUUUUGAUCUGAACCAUUUUUUGUUGAUGCCGACUUCUGUAUAA